AUGGGCUUCGAAGAUAUCUCUAACAACCAUGAGGCCGACAAGGUGAUGGGGCCGGAAGCCGAGAAAGAUGAGAAGGUCGUAUAUGCUCCUCCGCCGUUUGAGGGGGAUAUGGUCGGGGAGAUGAGUGAGGCCGAGAGGAAUGUCUAUGACCACGGCAUCAAGAAGUUCAACCGUCUCGGAUGGAAGCGACUCACUAUCGUCCUGAUCGUCGAGGCCAUUGCACUCGGCAGUCUGUCGAUUCCCUCCACCUUUGCAGUCCUGGGCAUGGUCCCUGGUGUGAUCUGCUGUAUCGGUAUCGGUCUGAUCGCCAUCUAUACCAGUUACAUUGUUGGAAUGGUUAAAUUGGCCUUCCCCGAGGUUGCCAAUUAUGCCGAUGCGGGUCGAUUGAUGGGUCAUCGGUUAGGAUGUGGUCGAUUUGGAUAUGAGCUCGUCAAUGCGAUGCUUGGUCUCCAACUAAUCUUCCUCACGGCCUCGCAUUGUUUGACAGGAACCAUCGCCUUCCUCGACAUCAGCAAGAGUACCAUCUGCUCGAUCAUCUUUGCCGUGGUUUCCGCCAUCAUCCUGCUCUUGCUCGCCAUUCCUCCCAGUUUCACCGAGGUGGCUAUUCUAGGAUAUGUCGACUUUGCAUCCAUCAUCCUUGCCAUUGGAAUCACCAUCAUCGGUACUGGUGUCGCCGCGACUAACUCACCCGGUGGCCUCUCCGGAGUCGCUUGGUCUGCAUGGCCAAAGGAUAAUAUCAGCUUUACCGAAGCCUUCAUCGCCGUGACGAACAUCAUUUUCGCCUACAGCUUUGCCAUGUGCCAGUUCUCCUUUAUGGACGAAAUGCACACUCCUCGCGACUUUGUCAAGUCCAUCUGGACCCUGGGUAUCACCGAGAUCUUCAUCUACACGAUUACCGGUGCUCUGAUCUACGCCUUCGUUGGUCAGGACGUGUCCAGCCCUGCACUUACCUCUGCCGGAAGUACCCUCAGCCGUGUUGCAUAUGGUAUUGCUCUCCCUGUGAUCUUCAUCAGUGGUUCCAUCAAUACUGUCGUAUUUGGGCGUCUGGUUCAUGGUCGCAUCUUUAAGAACUCCCCCAUCCGCUUCAUCAACACCAAGCAGGGAUGGCUGACAUGGCUGGCUGUGAUCACCGCCGCCACUGUUGUCGCAUUCAUCAUUGCCGAGGUGAUUCCUUUCUUCAACGACUUGCUUUCAAUUUCUUCUGCUCUUUUCAUCUCCGGUUUCACCUUCUACUUCCCCGCCAUGAUGUGGUUCAUGCUCCUUCGGGAGGGCAGCUGGAAAGAGCCCAAGAAUUUGAUGCUGGCAUUCAUCAACGGAAUGAUUUUCCUGAUCGGUAUGGUGGUGCUUGUUGGAGGAACCUACUCCAGCAUUGACGAUAUCAUUAUCAAGUACGACCAUGGAGACGUUCGCGGUGUUUUCUCGUGCGCUGCUCCUAAAUAA